CCGCCCCAGCUGCCCGGCGCCCAUUGGCCCGAGGCCGGGGCGCCGCCGGCAUCAUACGGCGCUGCUUGCUCUUAAACCUCAGCCCCCGUCCCGCCGGCACCCUUCGGCACGCCGCCGGGCCUCGCGCACUGCUAGCCCUCCAUGCGGCUCAGAGCCAGCCGGUGACAGGCAGCCACCAUGUCACAGGGUGCUGGGGGCAGCGGCAGCCUCCUCCUCCUCGCCGGGCUCCUCUCGGCGCUGGGGCCGUCCCCGACAUCGUCCAUCCACGUGUACACGCAGCGGGAGGUGUACGGCACUGUCGGCUCCCACGUCACCCUCUCCUGCAGCUUCUGGUCCAGCGAGUGGAUCUCCGAGGACAUCUCCAUCACCUGGCACUUCCAAGCUGAGGGGUCUCGCGACAGCACCUCUAUAUUCCACUAUGCCAAGGGACAGCCCUACAUCGAUGACGUGGGCAGCUUCAAGGAACGGAUGGAGUGGGUGGGCAACCCCCACCGCAAGGACGGCUCCAUCGUCAUCCACAAUCUGGACUACACUGACAAUGGCACCUUCACCUGCGAUGUCAAGAACCCCCCUGACAUCGUGGGCAAGUCCUCCCAGGUCACACUCUACGUCUUUGAGAAAGUGCCCACCCGCUAUGGCGUCGUGCUGGGCUCCAUCAUCGGCGGGGCUCUGCUGCUGGUGGCCGUGGUGGUGGCCCUCGUCUAUCUCAUCCGCUACUGUUGGCUGCGGCGGCAGGCAGCCCUGCAGCGACGGCUAAGUGCCAUGGAGAAGGGGAAGCUGCAGCGAUCGGCCAAGGACGCAUCCAAGCGCAGCCGGCAGGCACCCGUGCUCUACGCCAUGCUGGACCACAGCCGCGGCACCAAGCCGGUGAGCGAGAAGAAAGCCAAGGGAGCCCCGGGAGAUUCCCGCAAGGAUAAGAAAUAGCGGUUAGCGGGCAGGGAAGGUACCGUGGGGGCAGGCGCCGGGGCCGCCCAGCCCCCCAAAGUCGUCAUGACCAUCGAGAUGGAGCUGCGGGGGGAGGCCGCCGAGGCCACCCACCCCCCAGCCACCGUCCGCUCCCCCAGCAAGGGCAGCCUCAAGAAUGCCCUGAUGAACAUCAUCAAGCCGAACUCGGGGACCUGACGCCCAGCUGCUGGCGGAGGGAGGGGGCCAGGACGCGGCCCCCCCGACUCCGGGAAGCGGCUGCCCCGUGGCAUGGGACCCGGCGAGGAGUGGGGUGUGGUCCUCGCCCCUGGUCCCCCAGCCUCGGGGACGCUCCGGCGUCCCCCCGCCCUGUCCUGAACCCCUUGGUUGGUACCUUCCUCUGCGCAACCGCUGCCCUGCCCAGCCCCGGGCACUGAUGUAAUUUUUCUAUUUGAAGACGCAACCACUGAAUUUUGGGUCUGUCCCCCCCGGGCUGCCUCGGUCCCCCCCUCCCCAGGGACCUGCGGGAUCCCCGCGGGACCGUGCCGCCCCCAUCCCUCCCCGUCACCCCCCCCCCCCCAAACCAGUCUCCGGGAGGGUUUCUCUGGCCCCAUUGUUGCUCCUUUUCUGGCCGUUUUCUCGUCUCUCCCUGCGACUGAGCUCAAAUGACGUUGCGGGGUGGCCCCCGCCCCGUCCCCUCCGUCCCACUCCCAUCCCCCAUUAACCCUCCCGCCCUGUAACCCCCGGCCCCCCUGCAUCGGCCGGAGCCUCAUGGAGGAGGAGAGGCUGCGGCCAGGCUGGAGGAGCUGCCAGUGCCCAUCACCCCAGAGCCGGGCGCCGCUCCCCAACAUGUUUUUCUAUGCCCUGUCCAUGUCCCCCCAUCCCCACGGCGCCAUUAAUAAAACUCACAUCUCCAGGA